AUGAAAAUAUUUAUUUUCGCUCUUGUUAUUCUGUGCACAUCAUAAGUAUCAUUCAAAAGUGUAGGUUAUUGUGGUUGUGAAUAUGCUAAAAAUGAAGAUCUUUGUAAAGAAUUUAGAAGACUUGAUUAUUGUGAAUGGAACUAAGGAAAGUGCAUUCAUUUAAGUUAUGAAUAAAUGUGCGCCUAAUUAACAACUAAGACUGAUUGUGAAGAAUUGGAAUUUCAUCUUGACUUCGAUAAUGGGAUACGUUGCACAUGGUCAGAUAACAAGUGCAUCACUAAAAAAAUUACUUGUGAGACAUCAAAAAGUUGCAUUGAUGAUGUUAUGGGUUGCUAUAGGAAUGCAUUUAAGAAAUGCACAGCCCCUACAACUACAACUUGCUCUGAUUAUCGUUAUGGCAUCUUAGAGGGUGAUCAUACUUAAUGCCCUUCUCAAUGUAUGAAAUCUAAUUCAACAAAUAUUUGUGAAGAAUACAAUUGCAAAAAGCUUACAACUUAGAAAGAAUGCGAGAAAGUUUCAGGGUAUGAACUAUCAGAUGAAAGAUAUUUUUAUUGUAAUUGGUCAAUUGAUGGAUCUUGCGACCUUAUUGAGACGGGCUUAGAAUGUAGCAAGUAUAACAAAUAUGAAAAAGUGUGCAAGGCUUCAGGGUAUUGCAUUUAUGAAGAUAAUUAAUGUUAAAUAUAAAAAUGCUCUGAUCAAAUAUCGAUAGAAACAUGUACAACAAUUGGAAAUAUCUUUUCAACAACUUUAUGCACUUGGAAAAAUGGUUAUUGCUAUGAGUCUACUGAAGAAGAAUUUCAAUAAUAAUGUAAAGAGUAGUAGUAUUCAUUUUUUCGUUUUUUAUUUUUUUUAAAUGAAAAAGGAGAAUGCUAAAGAUGUAAAUCUAAUUCAAUUUAGACAAAUAGCACAGAUGA